CGGCAAGCUUCCGCUUAGUUGAAAGACGUUGACAAUCGUUGCUGAAAAUGUCAUAAUAUUAUAAUGUUUGACUGUUCAUGUUGUUGAUUUCUUUGCUCAAUUUUAGUGAUAACUUAUAUGGCACUUUAUGGUAUGUUACUCGUUAAUCUAUGGCCCAUUUUUAUAGGACAAUUUGUCUGAUAGCCAACUUGGCAUGCUAGCUAACGUUAGCUAGCUUGGACUGCUAACAUUCAAUAGGUAGCUUGGCAUCUCUAGCUAGCUCUGUAUGAUGAAUAGUGUUAAAAAUUGCUGUGUAGGUGUAUCAUGUCCAUGGACCAUUUAUGGACCAUGUCUGUUCACAUUUUUAUAAAGAUAAGACCUGUUCGUUGUCAGUCAUAUUUGCUGCAUGUGAAAGUGGUUCCAAUAUAGCCAUAUUCUUGAUAACUAUUUGGAAAUGGUAUGUGUCUUGUCCCUGCAGUAUGACAGGUGAGGAGAAUGACUUCUAUUAUCAAACUGACCGCCGUGUCGGGGGUGCAGGAGGAGUCUGCCCUCUGCUACCUGCUGCAGGUGGAUGAGUUCCGCUUCCUCCUGGACUGUGGCUGGGAUGAGAGCUUCUCUAUGGACAUCAUUGAUGCCAUGAAAAGGUAGAACACACAUCAUAAUCUAAGCCAGUAGUUCUCAAUGGGGUACUUGGCCUGUCCAAAGGGAGUACUUGGUAAGACUCAGAACAUAGGCCUAAUGAUUAUUUACACAUGAAGGGGUACAUCGGGCAGAGCAAAAUGUGAUUGGAGGUACGGAUUAAGCUAUCUAGACAUCCCAUUGAUUCCUGAAGUCAACAACUAGAACUUGUCACUGUCAAUCAGAUCUCUUACGGGCCAUUCCUUCUCUUAUCAAUAGGUAUGUCCACCAGGUUGAUGCAGUGCUCCUCUCUCAUCCCGACCCCUUGCACCUGGGGGCUCUGCCCUACGCCGUGGGCAAGCUGGGCCUCAACUGCCCCAUCUACGCCACCAUCCCCGUCUACAAGAUGGGUCAGAUGUUCAUGUAUGACCUGUAUCAGGUAAGGGCAGGAGCAUGUUAACCUGGUUCCAGAUCUGUUUGUGCUGUCUUGCCAACUCAGCAGGACAGCACAAACAGAUCUGGGACCAGGCUAGGGGAUGUGGGUGAUGUCCAACACCCUAUUGAACAAGAGGUGACCAUGCACUGUAAAACUAUUCUCACUAUUGUGAUCUGUUGUUUUGGUAGUCGCGCAACAACACUGAGGACUUCAACCUGUUCACCCUGGAUGAUGUGGACUGCGCUUUCGAUAAAAUCCAGCAGUUGAAGUACUCCCAGAUUGUAAAUCUGAAAGGUCAGUAAACCAUGUAUCAGUCUUAAAUAAUGAUUGAAUGAUGAUGAUAUAAUUUCUAUUGAGUAAUCUCUUUGUUCAAGCUGAAACACUGGUUCAAUCAACCUUUCUACUUUUCUGGACAGGGAAAGGACAUGGUCUGUCCAUCACUCCACUUCCUGCUGGUCACAUGAUUGGAGGGACAAUCUGGAAGAUCGUGAAGGAUGGGGAGGAGGAGAUUGUUUACGCGGUGGACUUCAACCACAAGCGAGAGAUGUGAGUAGAGACUGGAUAGAGCAGAGCAUGUUUAUUUAGCUGCUGAACCUUCAAGGUACAGUACAUUACCAAAGGUAUGUGGACACCUGCUCAUCGAACAUCGCAUUCUAAAAUCAUGGGCAUUAAUAUGGAAUUGGUCCCCCCUUUGCUGCUGUAACAGCCUCCACUCUUCUGGAAAGGCUUUCCACUAGAUGUUGGAACAUUGCUGCUGGGACUUGCUUCUAUUCAGCCACAAGCAAUUGUGAGGUCAGGCACUGAUGUUGGGCAAUUAAGCCUGGCUUGCAGUCAGCGUUCCAAUUCAUCCCAAAGAUGUUCAUGAGGUUGAGGUCAGGGCUCUGCAGUCAAGUUCUUUCACACCGAUCUCGACAAACCAUUUCUGUAUGGACCUGACUUUGUGCACGGGGGCAUUGUCAUGCUGAAACAGGAAAGGGCCUUCCGCAAACUGUUGGAAGCACAGAAACUGUUUGAAGCACAGAAUCGUCUAGAAUAUCGUUGUAUGCUGUAGCGUUAAGAUUUCCCUUCACUGGAACGAAGGGGCCUAGCCCGAACCAUGAAAAACAGCCCCAGAUCAUUAUUCCUCCUCCACCAAACUUUACUGUUGGUACUAUGCAUUGGGGCAGGUAGCAUUCUCCUGGUAUCCGCUAAACCCAGAUUAGUCUGUCGGACUGCCAGAUGGUGAAGCGUGAUUCAUCACUCCAGAGAACGCAUUUCCACUGCUCCAGAGUCACAUGGCGGCUAGCUUUACACCACUCCAGCCGACGCUUGGCAUUGUGCAUCAUGGCUUGUCUGCGGCUGCGCAGCCAUGGAAACCCAUUUCAUGAAGCUCCUGACAAACAGUUCUUGUGCUGACGUUGGUUCCAGAGGCAGUUUGGAACUCGGCAGUGAGUGUUUGUGUUUGUAUUUAUUAUGAAGCUCGGUGCAUUCAACAUGUCAAUACCUCUCAUAAAUACAAGUAGUAAUGAAGUCAGUCUCUCCUCCACUUAGUGCCAGGAGAGAUUGACAUGCAUAUUAUUAAUGUUAGCGCUUUGUACAUCCAAGGGCCAGCCGUGCUGCCCUGUUCUGAGCCAAUUGCAAUUUUCCUAAGUCCAUUUUUGUGGCACCUGACCACACGACUGAACAGUAGUCCAGGUGCGACAACUAGGGCUUGUAGGACCUGCCUUGUUGAUAGUGCUGUUAAGAAGGUAGAGCAGUGCUUUAUUAUGGACAGACUUCUCUCCGUCUUAGCUACUGUUGUAUCAAUAUGUUUUGACCAUGACAGGUUAAAAUCCAGGGUACACAAGCAGUUUAGUCACCUCAACUUGCUCAAUUUCCACAUUAUUUAUUACAAUAUUUAGUUGAGGUUUAGUGAAUGAUUUGUCCCAAAUACAAUGCUUUUAGUUUUAGAAAUAUUUAGGACUAAUUUAUUCCUUGCCACCCACUCUGAAACUAACUGCAGCUCUUUGUUAAGUGUUGCAGUCAUUUAAGUCGCUGUAGUAGCUGACGUGUAUAGUGUUGAGUCAUCCGCUUUACUCAAAGCCAGUGGCAUAUCGUUUGUAAAGAUUGAAAAAAGUAAGGGGCCGCUGCCCUGGGGAAUUCCUUAUUCUACCUGGAUUAUGUUGGAAAGGCUUCCAUUAAAGAACACCCUCUGUGUUUUGUUAGACAGGUAACUCUUUAUCCACAAUAUAGCAGGGGUUGUAAAGCCAAAACACAUACGUUUUUCCAGCAGCAGACUGAUCGAUAAUGUCAAAAGCCACACUGAAAUCUAACAAAACAGCCCCCACAAUCUUUUUAUCAACAAUUUCUCUCAGCCAAUCAUCAGUCAUUCGUGUAAGUGCUGUGCUUGUUAAAUGUUCUUCCCUAUAAGUGUGCUGAAAGUCUGUUGUCAAUUUGUUUGGUCGAACACAAUUUUUUCCAAAAGUUUACUAAGGGUUGGUAACAGGCUGAUUGGUCGGCUAUUUGAGCCAGUAAAGGGGGCUUUGCUAUUCUUAGGUAGCGGAAUGACUUUUGCUUCCCUCCAGGCCUGGACGCACACACUUUCUAGUAGACUUAAAUUGAAAAUAUGGCAAAUAGAAGUGGCAAUAUCAUCCACUAUAAUCCUCAGUAAUUUUCCAUCCAAGUUGUCAGACCCCGGUGGCUUGUCAUUGUUGAUAGACGCCAAUAACCUCUUCCACACUCACUUUACGGAAUUCAAAAUUACAAUGCUUGUCUUUAAUAAUUUGGUCAGAUGUACUUGGAUGUGUAGUGUCAGCAUUUGUUGCUGGCAUGUCAGGCCUAAAUUUGCUAAUCUUGCCAAUGAAAAAGUAAUUAAAGUAGUUGGCAAUAUCAGUCGGUUUUGUGAUGAAUGAGCCAUCUGAUUCAAUGAAUGAGUUUGCUCCAAAGCUUUUUACUAUCAUUCUUUAUGUCAUUUAUCUUUGUUUCAUAGUGUAGUUUCUUCUUCUUUUUAUUCAGUUUAGUCACAUGAUUUCUCAAAUUUGCAAUACGUUUGCCAAUCGGGUGUGCAGCCGGACUUAUUUUUACAUUUUAGUCAUUUAGCAGACGCUCUUAUCCAGAGCGACUUACAGUUAGUGAGUGCAUACAUUUUUCAUACUUGCCCCCCGUGGGAAAUGAACCCACAACCCUGGCAUUGCAAGCGCCAUGCUCUACCAUUCCUUUUGCCUCAUCCCUCUCAACCAUACCAUUUUUCAAUUCCUCAUCAAUCCACAGGGAUUUAACAGUUUUUAGUCAUUUUCUUAAUGGGUGCAUGCUUAUUAAUAACUGGAAUAAGUAAUUUCAUAAAUGUGUCAAGUGCAGCGUCUGUUUGCUCCUCAUUACACACCACGGACCAACAAAUAUUCUUUACAUCAACAACAUAGGAAUCACUACAAAACCUAUUGUAUGACCUCUUAUACACUAUAUUUGGCCCAGCCUUUGGAACUUUGGUUUUCCUAGAUAUGGCUACUAUAUUGUGAUCACUACAUCCGAUGGAUCUGGAUACUGCUUUCAAGCACAUUUCUGCAGCAUUAGUAUAGAUGUGAUCAAUACAUGUUGAUGUUUUUAAUUCCUGUGCUGAUUGUAACUACUGUGGUAAGUUGACUGAUAACCUGAACCAGGUUGCAGGCACAGGUUACAGUUUUAAGCUUUUUCUUGAGUGGGCAGCUUGAUGAAUGCCAGUCAAUAUUUAAAUCACCCAACCGAGGACAGAUGAUUUUUACGUGGUUGUGUGGCCAACGAUUUUGCGGCUGAGCCGUUGUUGCUCCGAGACAUUUCCACUUCACAUUAACAGCACUUACAGUUGACUGGGGCAGCUCUAGCAGGGCAGAAAUUUGACGAACUGACUUGUUGGAAAGGUGGCAUCCUAUGACAGUGCCACGUUGAACUUCACUGAGCUCUUCAGUAAGGCCAUUCUACUGCCAAUGUUUGUCUAUGGAGAUUGCAUGGCUGCGUGCUCGAGUUUACACACCUGUCAGCAACGGGUGUGGCUGAAAGAGCCGAAUCCACUAUUUUGAAGGGGUGUCCACACUUUAAUAUAUAGUCGUUUUUUUUUUUUUUUACUAGUUUGUCUGUUACCUCGUCACCUUUUUUUCCCUUAUAUAUUUUGUAUUUUCUAUCGGAUAGAGGAGAGACAGUGGGCAAGAUGAUAUAUGUUACGAAGGCAGUAGGCCAGUUUCGAACCCACUCCAACAGUGGCAUGCUGUAGGCGGCGGCACUGACCGCUAGACCACCCAGGCCACGCCUCAACACUUGUCGCCUAUUUGACGUAUUGUAAAUCUUUCCUCCAGCCAUCUGAAUGGGUGUACAUUGGAGUCGGUGAGUCGUCCCUCUCUGCUCAUCACAGACUCCUUUAACGCUACAUACGUGCAGCCACGUCGCAAACAAAGGGACGAGCAGCUUCUAAGUAAGUUAAUCAACUCUCAAUCGUGUGCAGUAAUGCUAUCCUGAUCACAAAUGUGUUUAUGCUGUCUUGCCAACUCCUGUAGUCACUGUCACGUCAUGGCCAUGGGAGUUGGCUAGACAGCACAAACAUAUCUGGGCCCAGGCUACAGUAAUACCUAUUAGUUAAAUAUGAAAACAUUUUCUGAUUCGCCAAUCAUUACCCCCUUUAGCCAAUGUGAUGGAGACGCUACGCGGCGAUGGCAACGUGCUGAUUGCCGUGGAUACGGCGGGCCGUGUGUUGGAGCUGGCUCAGCUGCUGGACCAAAUCUGGAGGACGAAGGACGCUGGGCUCGGGGUCUACUCUCUGGCCUUGCUCAACAACGUCAGCUACAACGUGGUGGAGUUCUCCAAAUCUCAGGUCUCGGCCACACACACACCCUUUCAUUACAUGGUCACCCAGUACAAGACAAUCUUCAAAAUACUUUGUUUGUUUCUGCCUUCCUGCAGUGCCAGAUGGGUGGGAUUUGCUCUUUUGGGACUAUUCCAUUGGUUCAGUUGCACCAUGCAAGCUCAAUGAAGCAGAGCUAAAGUAUUUGAAAGAUCUCAAAUAGUAUCUGAACCCAGGUCUGUAGCAGAUACAUGUCUCUAGCUCACUCACUAUGAGGAAAUGUGAUCAAAUGUGUGCUAAUGUUCACUUUUCAAUAGUGCUCACUGAUCAGUCAUACAUUUUGUGAAAAAUAUUAAAACGAUAGCAUUUUGUGGCAUGGAAUUCAUAUUUCUCACAAUGUUGUUGUUACAAACGGCGCAUGUCCUGCUAAUAUUGUGUGGUUAUCCUGUCAUUGUAAUAGGCAUGGUAACAAUAGUCGUGAUUCUGACUGUUAUAUUCUCCCCUACAGGUGGAGUGGAUGAGUGACAAGCUGAUGCGCUGCUUCGAGGACAAGCGCAACAACCCCUUCCAGUUCCGCCACCUGUCCCUAUGCCACAGCCUGGCCGACCUGGCCCGGGUGCCCAGCCCCAAGGUGGUGCUCUGCAGCCAGCCCGACCUGGAGUCUGGCUUCUCCCGCGAGCUCUUCAUCCAGUGGUGCCAGGAGGCCAAGAACUCAGUGAUCCUCACCUACCGCACCACGCCCGGCACCCUGGGCCGCUACCUCAUCGAUAACCCCGGGGAGAAGAUGCUGGACCUGGAGGUGAGACUAGGACAGAGGUCGGCAACUAGGUUUGGCUUCGGGACAAUUUUUCUGAGCUAGUGGUUGCAGGCCAGAACAUAAUUAGCAUAAUAGCAGCCCAAUUCAUAGGCCUACACUACAAAUGUAACACCAUUGGUCCAAUGCAGCCAUUUUAAUCUCAAUAUCAAAUAAUUUCAGUACCUUACUUAGAUUGUUUUCAAUUAAAAUGGUCAAACAAAAACAAAAAUAGUUUCUUAGCAAAGGGCAAUUUCUCAAGCAAGAAUUUUGCUAGGAGUGGUCUGAGUGUGGAGGUGAAGACUGAAAAUUAGCUGUUAUUGGCAGAGAGGUUUGGAACUCUCUUCUUGGUCUAUUAACUAAUUUGCCGCUUGGUGAUGUCACCAUUGAAGGCCAAAACUCCAUCCCACCAAAACGGGCAGAAAGUUUGAAACGGCUCUUACACUAAAAGGGCAUUAUCAUUAUUUUCACAAUUUCACAGUAUUAUUCCAACCUCAUAGUGUAGAAAUAUAUAUAUAAAGCACAGGACAAUCACACUUUUGACUGCACUGGGCCUUUAACACAUAAACGCAACAUGCAACAAUUUCAAAGAUUUUACUGAGUUACAGUUCAUAUAAGGAAAUCCGUCAAAUGAAAUAAAUUCAUUAAGCCUAAUCUAUGGAUUUCACAUGACUGGGAAUACAGAUAUGCAUCUGUUGGUCACAGAUACCUUAAAGAAAAGUAGGCGUGGAUCAGAAAACCAGGCAGUAUCUGGUGUGACCACCAUUUACCUCAUGCAGCGCGACACAUCUUCUUCGCAUAGAGUUGAUCAGGCUGUUUAUUGUGGCCUGCUCCUCUUCAAUGGCUGUGCGAAGUUGCUGUAUAUUGGCGGGAGCUGGAACACGCUGUUGUACACGUCGAUCCAGAGCAUCCCAAACAUGCUCAAUGGGUAAUAUGUCUGGUGAGUAUGCAGGCCAUUGAAAAACGGGGACAUUUUCAGCUUCCAGAAAUUGUGUACAGAUCCUUGCGACAUGGGGCCGUGCUUUAUCAUGCUGAACCAUGAGGUGAUGGCAGCGGAUGAAUGGCACAACAAUGGGCCUCAGGAUCUCAUCACAGUAUCUCUGUGCAUUAAAAUUGCCAUUGAUAAAAUGCAAUUGUGUUCGUUGUCCGUAGCUUAUGUCUGCCCAUACCAUUACCCCACCGCCACCAUGGGGCACUCUGUUCACAAUGUUCCCAAACACGUGGUCUGCGGUUGUGAGGUCGGAUGGAUGUACACUCUCUCCCUCCCUUCCACACACACCACACACACUCUCUCCCUCCCUUCCACACACUCUCUCCCUCCCUUCCCACACACACUCUCUCCCUCCCUUCCACACACACUCUCUCUCCCUCCCUUCCACACACACUCUCUCCCUCCCUUCCACACACACUCUCUCCCUCCUUCCACACACACCUCCUCCCUCACACCACCCCCUUCCCACCACACCACACACACACUCUCCCACCCCCUUCCACACACACUCCUCCCCUCCUUCCACACACUCAUCACACACCCUCCCACCCUUCACACACACCCACCCUUCACACACACUCUCACCUCCCUUCACCACACACACUCUCCUCCUCUCCCUUCCACACACACUCUCUCCUCUCCACACUCUCCACCCCUUCCCCACACACAACUCCUCUCCCUCUCACACACACCUCUCCUCCCUUCCACACACACACCUCUCUCCCUCCCUCCACAUUCCACACACACACUCUCUCCCUCCUUCCACACACACUCUCUCCCUCCCUUCCACACACACUCUCUCCCUCCCUUCCACACACACUCUCCCUCCCUUCCACACACACUCUCUCCCUCUCUUCACACAACACUCUCUCCUCCCUCCACACACCUCUCUUCCCUUCCACACACACCACACACUCCUCCACUCCUUCACCACAACACUCUCUCUCCCUCCUUCCACACAUACACACUCUCUCCCUCCCUUCCACACACACACUCUCUCUCUCUCCCUUCCACACACACACUCUCUCUCCUCUCUCCCUCCCUUCCACACACACACACACUUCUCCCAACUUUUAAAACGUUAGGCACCAAACAGAAUGUAAGGAGCACCAGAAAUACAUAAUGUUUGAUAUAGUUUAGUCUUUCAUUAGGCCUAUAUGAAUCCUACCUUUGAAGCACUUCUCAUGAGUAGCCGCACCUUUUUCCUUUCUUCCUGUGCCAAUCAAAUUUACAUAAACCUUCUGUCAAGUUACCAGGUUGUUAGCUAGCUAGGUAACGUGACUGAACAACGUUGUUUGUUAUCAAACCAAUAGUUAGCGACCCGGGAUUAGUUUAAAACGGCCCGCGACAUGGUUUCUGAAGUUAUAUAAAAUGCGUGCGAAUCUCGAUAAUAUGGGUAAUCAUUUUUAACCGUAUAGGCUAGAGACAAGCCGUUUUCUUUGCUGUAAAGCUGCAAACAUUCUUGUUGCGGUGCUCCAUUUCCCCUCCCUGACACUGAGGCAGUGAACUUGCAAACUCUACUCAGACUGGUCUGUGCUCUUUGUUAUAACAGGUGAUGAAAUGAUACAAUGUGUCAGCAUUGCUCACUUUGCGCACUAAUCCAAUGUAACAAAUGUACAAUUCUAACAACAGAAGACUCAUCAGGGUCUGGGUCUGCAUCCCCGCUCGCCAUCACGGUUCAAUUAUAUUUAAAUAAACUGACGGAGGAAUAGAUGCGCGCAAAGAGCAGACAGAGAGAAGGAUGCGGCUGGCUGAUUACAGCUGACACAGGUGAUAUGCGCUUGAAAGGGAAGUGGAUAUUAUUGGACUAGAGACUAGUGGCUGUUGCUUAAAUUCAACCGAAUUUAUAAACCAAACUAAAUGUAUAAACAUUUUAUAACAGGCGCCAGCAGGUUCUUUAUAUCGGUAGGGCGGAAAAAGUUGGUAGUAUCAUUUGAAACUGUACUAGUAUCAUGAGGUUUUGGUACCGUGAUAUUACCGUGGUACCGGUAUACCGUACCACACUUCAGCACAAAGCACGCUUGCCUUAUUAGUUCACUGUCUCUCUCUCCUCAUGAACUGAAGUUAAAAUGUAACUUUUGCAUUAUUUUGGUGGGGUAACUUCUUCUUGGGACAUUACAUUUGGACCCGAUACUUAAAAACAACAUUUUAUGCAUAAUUAAUAUGGGGGGCUUUGGGGGGCCCAAAAAAUAGGAGGCCCCUGCUAUAGGAGAAGGCUGUAGGGGGCAGAAGAGCAGCCGUGCGGCCAUUUUGGCACAGAGUGAUAGCGUUUUGGAUGUAUUUAUUUUGGUGCAGCGUGUCCCUAGGGCUCUUUCUGUCUCUGUUUCCGUCUCAACUCAAGCGUGGAACAGCUUGAUGUGUCACUGGCGUUCGCGCUGUUCCUCUCCCUUAUUUAUUUUUGUCAUUUCAUUUUCUUGUCAUGUUGACAGAUUAGAAAACGGGUGAAGCUGGAAGGCAGGGAGCUGGAAGAAUACCUGGAGAAAGAGAGAAUGAAGAAGGAAGCUGCCAAAAAACUUGAACAAGAAAAAGAGUGAGUCACUGACACUGUUUCUGUGUUUUGGGCCUCAGCUUAUUUACAAUAUUUGGGCACUGUGUGAAUAAUAUUCCCAGAGGUGGGUAUCGUUCUGUGUGUGUUGCGCGCAUGUGCACAGAUUCAUAAAGUUGGUCUCCGGGAAUGAAGAUGUUUUGUCUUUGAGUUGAAGAAAGACAGCGAGAUUGUGUGAGUCUAAUAUAUUUGUGUCUCUCAGGGUGGAUGUGGACUCCAGUGACGAGAGCGACAUGGAGGAUGACCUGGAGCUGCCAGCGGUAGUAAAGACCAAACACCACGACCUGAUGAUGAAGGGAGACGGCGUCCGCAAAGGCAGCUUCUUCAAACAAGCCAAGAAGUCCUACCCCAUGUUCCCAACCCACGAGGAGAGGGUCAAAUGGGACGAGUACGGAGAGAUCAUCAGGUACCGUAGUCAGUUCACUAUUACCCUUUUCACACUAAGGCACUGAUCCAAACUGAGCUGUGCUGACCUGGUUAUGCAUCAACCAUAGAUGCUGGAACCGUGCUGGACAAGACGAUGUGAAAGGGAAAUAUCAGCGCCAGUACAGUUCUGUCGGCACAGAAGUGUAAACAUGCUCUGCACACACUGACUUUUACCUCACUAGAACCUAGAAAUCGAAACAUGAGAUCCCUUUGAAUAAUGACCUAUGCAUUGGAUUUUUUGUUGAAGCGGAGCUAACUUCACAAAAUGAUGUAUUAAUGAAUAUGACUGUCUCCAGACCGGAGGACUUCCUGGUACCAGAGCUCCAGGCCACAGAGGAGGAGAAGAACAAGCUGGAGUCAGGCAUGGCCAAAGGAGACGAACCCAUGGACCAAGAUUCCUCAUCCAAAGUACCCACCAAGUGUACCUCCACUACAGAGAACCUAGAGAUCAAGUAAGUGGGCCUACCCACCUAAAUUUAAAGCAGACUUCUUCAGAGAGCCUCAUUGCAAAAAUCAAUAUGACUCAUAUUUAUAUUCUAAUGAUUUACAAGGAAGACAUAGUGCUGAAACGUGUACGUUUGGGAUUUUAAUGAUCCUUGUGGACAUGCCAAGACUAAAAAUAUAUUUUAAUUUGCAAAGAAUAUUAAAAGCGCCUUAUUCUUUUUCUCUAAUAUGAUUUUUUAUUUAUUUAUUUUAUUUAACCAGGUAAGCCAGUUGAGAACAAGUUCUCAUUUACAACUGCGACCUGGCCAAGAUAAAGCAAAGCAGUGCGAUUACAAAACAACAACACAGAGUUACAUAUGGAAUAAACAAAACACAAAGUCAAAAAUACAACAGAAAAUAUAUAUACAGUGUGUGCGAAUGUAGUAAGUUAUGGAGGUAAGGCAAUAAAUAGGCCAUAGUGCAAAAUAAUUACAAUUUAGUAUUAACACUGGAAUGAUAGAUGUGCAAGAGAUGAUGUGCAAAUAGACAUACUGGGGUGCAAAUGAGAAAAAUAAAUAACAAUAUGGGGAUGAGGUAGUUGGGUGGGCUAAUUUCAGAUAGGCUGUGUACAGGUGCAGUGAUCGGUAAGCUGCUCUGACAACUGAUGCUUAAAGUUAGUGAGGGAGAUAAGAGUCUCCAGCUUCAGAGAUUUUUGCAGUUCGUUCCAGUCAUUGGCAGCAGAGAACUGGAAGGAAUGGCGGCCAAAGGAGGUGUUGGCUUUGGGGAUGACCAGUGAGAUAUACCUGCUGGAGCGCAUACUACGGGUGGGUGUUGCUAUGGUGACCAAUGAGCUAAGAUAAGGCGGGGAUUUGCCUAGCAGUGAUUUAUAGAUGACCUGGAGCCAGUGGGUUUGGCGACGAAUAUGUAGUGAGGACCAACCAACAAGAGCGUACAGGUCACAGUGGUGGGUAGUAUAUGGGGCUUUGGUGACAAAAUGGAUGGCACUGUGAUAGACUACAUCCAAUUUGCUGAGUAGAGUGUCAAGGACCCCCUCUCAGGCAAACCGGCGACCCAGGGACCCCCAUCAUACGUUAGCAAGAAAAAUAAAUGUCUUGUCAUCAGGUGAAUGUUAAUGGCAUGAAAAAGUAAUCAACUUUUUUUUAAAUGAAUAGCUUUGGUAGAUCAUUUUUCAUUAUUUUGAUCUCCCCACAUAAUUGGAAUAGGAAGUAUUAGCUAGAAAGGUAACUCAAACAAAUUUUUUGCUAAGAGUAGCUGGUUAAAGAAAGGUUAGCCAUGUUUUGGCAAAAAUGUAUGUCCAAGUCAAGAAAGCUUACCAGCAGCCAGUGGCACGGCACUUGUAGCCUGUUCACGGGUGCUUUUUCAAAGCCUAUGCCAGAUACUCCAGUGAGUGUAAGUUGCUCAAUAUUAUGAGUUAAGAGAUAAAGUUGGCAUCAUUAGAAAGAACAUUCUCCUCUUUUCUACUGUAGGUACGUCAUUCAAAAUGUGUUUAUUCUACUGUUCCUAGCGAUAUUAAUAAAAACAUUGAAAUAAAACAUGUUUUAUAUAAAUUAUAAUUUUCGCGGACUCCUUACAGUAUCUCUGCGGACCGCCGGUUGAAUACCACUGAUAGUAUUUUUUUUACAUCACAUUUAAAAUCACUUUAUCCUAAUAAUGCAUAUUUCAAAUAUAUGGAAAUGAUACAUUCUUAUCUGAUCAUUCUGUGCAGAGCCAGGGUGACGUACAUCGACUACGAGGGGCGUUCGGACGGCGACUCUAUCAAGAAGAUCAUCAACCAGAUGAAGCCGCGGCAGCUGGUGAUCGUGCACGGCCCUCCCGAGGCCAGCCUGGACCUGGCCGAGUCCUGCAAGGCCUUCACCAAGGACAUCAAGGUCUACACGCCGAAGCUGCAGGAGACUGUGGACGCCACCAGUGAGACACACAUCUACCAGGUCAGUCAGGGGUUAGGAUUUUAUACAAAAUGCCAUGGUAAUUCAAGAUAUUUUGGGACAGAUGCCCUGUAUGAUUGUGAAUAAUUGACCAAUUGACAUAGAAUUUUGUGUUAUCACAAUUCACCAAUCAGAAAGUUGAUGUGCUUUAGUAACUGUAACUAAUCUAACCCAGGUCAAGCCAUCUUAGAAUUCUGAACAUGACAAUGGGUCAAUUGUGUAUAAGGUUUAUAAUAAUAUUAUUAUAAUAUAUGCCAUUUAGCAGACGCUUUUAUCCAAAAGCGAGUUAGUCAUGCGUGCAUAAAUAUUACGUACAGGUGGUCCCGGGAAUCGAACCCACUAUCUUGGCAUUACAAGCACCAUGAUCUACCAACUGAGCUACAUGGGACCCAGUUAAGCAGUUUGCUUGUGUACAGAAACAUUUUAAUGUUAAGCUUAAGCACUUAUACUAUAUAUAUACAUAAAAUAUUGUAUUCUUCCUCCCCAGGUGCGGUUGAAAGACUCGCUGGUGAGCUCGCUGCAGUUUUGUCGCGCCAAGGAUACGGAGCUGGCGUGGAUCGACGGCGUGCUGGACAUGCGCGUGGUCAAGGUGGACACAGGUGUGCUGCCCGAGGAGGGCGUGGUGAAGGGCGAAAAGGGAGCCGGCGAGGAGGCCGCGGAGGAUGGUGAGCUGGACAUGGAAGUGACCCCUGCUGACGACGGUGCCACAGACCAUAGCGUGGUGGCGCAGCAGCGCGCCAUGAAGACGCUGUUUGGCGAGGACGUGCGCGAGCCGUCGGAGGAGAGUGAUGUCAUCCCCACCCUGGAGCCCCUGCCCGCCCACCAGGUGAGAGAUAGAGGGGAAGAGGAGAUGAGAGAGGAAGAGAAGUACCUUAGAGAGAUACUGUGGAUAGACAGAGAGGAGGGUAGAGAAGAGGGGAGGGUUGGCUAUAAUCCCUUAGUCCAGCCAAAGGGAGAGAGGUGAUGGGAAGAGUGCAAAAAGAGGUGGCUUUGUCCUCAGUAGAAGAGGAUGGGAGAGAGCUGACCCCAAGGGAGAGGGAGACAAGAGAGUUGAUCCCAGGACCGUUUUUUAUUCAGAGAGGGAAAUGAUGGGUUGACCUUGUUGGGACAUAAAGGCGGAGACAGAUCGAGGAGUGCCGAUAUGACAAUAGACCCAAAGAGCAGUAGAAUGCACAGGAAGAAAGCUAGCCUGUGGUUAAUUUAGCAAGAGAGAGAAGGGAGUGCACCGAGUUCAACUGAUCUGAGAUCAGAUGUAUAGAAAAUAUUAGUAAUGGGGGGAAAUAUCGAUAGUUACAUAUCGCAAUAUUAUUUUUGGAUGAUAUGAUAUCGAUAUUUGACUCCCAAGUAUCGAUUUGUAUAAAAAAUAGAAUCUAUUUUAUUUAGCUAGAUAGCGUUAGCUAGGUAGCGCUAGUCGGCUGUACCUGCGCCAAAACUCUGGUAUUUUUCAUCCAAUAGCUUGUUCUCCAUCUUCUUUUUAAAUAGUGAGCCAACAUGUUUUCAGCACUUUUGGUUCCAUGACUGAUCAAAACUCAUUUUCUCAUGCUAUCUUGUCUCUGCAGCAGACAUACAGUGGGGAAAGAAAGUAUUUAGUCAGCCACCAAUUGUGCAAGUUCUCCCACUUAAAAAGAUGAGAGAGGCCUGUAAUUUUCAUCAUAGGUACACGUCAACUAUGACAGACAAAAUGAGAAAAAGAAAUCCAGAAAAUCACAUUGUAGGAUUUUUAAUGAAUUUAUUUGCAAAUUAUGGUGGAAAAUAAGUAUUUGGUCAAUGACAAAAGUUUGUCAAUACUUUGUUAUAUACCCUUUGUUGGCAAUGACACAGGUCAAACGUUUUCUGUAAGUCUUCACAAGGUUUUCACACACUGUUGCUGGUAUUUUGGCCCAUUCCUCCAUGCAGAUCUCCUCUAGAGCAGUGAUGUUUUGGGGCUGUCGCUGGGCAACAUGGACUUUCAACUCCCUCCAAAUAUUUUCUAUGGAGUUGAGAUCUGGCUAGGCCACUCCAGGACCUUGAAAUGCUUCUUACGAAGCCACUCCUUCGUUGCCCGGGCGGUGUGUUUGGGAUCAUUGUCAUACUGAAAGACCCAGCCACGUUUCAUCUUCAAUGCCCUUGCUGAUGGAAGGAGGUUUUCACUAAAAAUCUCACGAUACAUGGCCCCAUUCAUUCUUUCCUUUACACGGAUCAGUCGUCCUGGUCCCUUUGCAGAAAAACAGCCCCAAAGCAUGAUGUUUCCACCCCCAUGCUUCACAGUAGGUAUGGUGUUCUUUGGAUGCAACUCAGCAUUCUUUGUCCUCCAAACACGACGAGUUGAGUUUUUACCAAAAAGUUAUAUUUUGGUUUCAUCUGACCAUAUGACAUUCUCCCAAUCCUCUUCUGGAUCAUCCAAAUGCACUCUAGCAAACUUCAGACGGGCCUGGACAUGUACUGGCUUAAGCAGGGGGACACGUCUGGCACUGCAGGAUUUGAGUCCCUGGCGGCGUAGUGUGUUACUGAUGGUAGGCUUUGUUACUUUGGUCCCAGCUCUCUGCAGGUCAUUCACUAGGUCCCCCCGUGUGGUUUUGGGAUUUUUGCUCACCAUUCUUGUGUUCAUUUUGACCCCACGGGGUGAGAUCUUGCGUGGAGCCCCAGAUCAAGGGACAUUAUCAGUGGUCUUGUAUGUCUUCCAUUUCCUAAUAAUUGCUCCCAUAGUUGAUUUCUUCAAACCAAGCUGCUUACCUAUUGCAGAUUCAGUCUUCCCAGCCUGGUGCAGGUCUACAAUUUUGUUUCUGGUGUCCUUUGACAGCUCUUUGGUCUUGGCCAUAGUGGAGUUUGGAGUGUGACUGUUUGAGGUUGUGGACAGGUGUCUUUUAUACUGAUAACAUGUUCAAACAGGUGCCAUUAAUACAGGUAACGAGUGGAGGACAGAGGAGCCUCUUAAAGAAGAAGUUACAGGUCUGUGAGAGCCAGAAAUCUUGCUUGUUUGUAGGUGACCAAAUACUUAUUUUCCACCAUAAUUUGCAAAUAAAUUCAUUAAAAAUCCUACAAUGUGAUUUUCUGGAAUUUUUUCUCUCAUUUUGUCUGUCAUAGUUGACGUGUACCUAUGAUGAAAAUUACAGGCCUCUCUCAUCUUUUUAAGUGGGAGAACUUGCACAAUUGGUGGCUGACUAAAUACUUUUUUUCCCCACUGUAUAGUGAGCAAUAUGUUUGGAACAUGAAAUCGCAAUACAUAUAGAAUCGUGAGAAUCACAAUACAUAUCGUAUCGGCACCGAAGUAUCGUGAUAAUAUUGGAUCGUGAGGUCCCUGGCAAUUCCCAGCCCUAGAAAAUAUGGUUAUGGUUCCACAGAGUCCACAGUCAGAGUCAAGCUGAUCUGAGAUCAGCUGUAAAGAAGCUAUGAAGUUGUAGUUGCACUACAGGGCUCCAAACGGCGGCCAAAACACUUGCAUUUGCGACCCUUUGAUUUGGCAGUGCGACACCAAUUGUUUAUUGAUCGCUAGGGUGCCAGUGAAAAAAGAUUUCGCUGGUCCCGUCAGUUUUUGGUUCACAAUUUCCUUUAAAAAUAUUUAUUAUCAUAAUUUAUUCAAACAGCAAUCAAUGUGUAUGCAAACCAGGUAUUCAAAAAGUUUGGUCCAAAGUCUUGGUUGAAUCUUUGCGAUGUGCAAUUCGGUCAUCAAUUAAAUGUUCCCAAUUAAAUGUUGACUGCAAAGUAGGCCUACCUGGCAGAAUAAUUUAAUGAUGAUUUGUAUCAAUCACAGGGCAUUUGUUUUGCAAACUCUGCCAUCACAUGUAGCCUACACUGUACAUUGUAACCUACAGUACAAAAACACAGCUAGCCAAAUACAACAGUCUCUUACUAGGCGUGGAAUUGAAUUAAAGGGCAAAACAAAUUGUUUGUUUUUUAUUGUUCCCAGACCUCUAAAGUGGUCUGCUGAUGUGGUUCAAGCAUUGUUGUGGACUUGGAACAUCACAUUUUUGUAUUUUUUUUCUAUUAACAAAAAGUGUGAUUUUGAGAGUAAAAUCCUGAAAAACUAACUCGGAAACCUGGAUCAUAAAACCGGGAAAACAGAAUUUUCCAAAAGAUAAAACAGAUUUUAUAGGGCCCUACAACUGUAGAGUGACUGUUAAGAAUCGCUACCAAUAACACCCUUUUUGAGAUUGCAUAAAGGUUUUAUUUUUUCCCCUCCUAACAACAAUGUACACUAUAUAUACAAAAGUAUGUGGACACCCAUUCAAAUGAGUGGAUUUGGCUAUUCCAGCCACACCCGUUGCUGACAGGUGUAUAAAAUCAAGCAACGGCUCAGGCGCGAAGUGGUAGGCCACACAAGCUCACAGAACGGGACCACCAAGUGCUGAAGCAUGUAGCAUGUAAAAUCGUCUGUCCUCGGUUGCAACACUCUCUACCGAGUUCCAAACUGCCUCUGGAAACAACGUCAGCACAAUAACUGUUUGUUGGGAGCUUCAUGAAACGGGUUUCCAUAGCCGAGCAGCCGCACACAAGCCUAAGAUCGCAAGAUGCGCAAUGCCAAGCGUCGGCUGGAGGGGUGUAAAGCUCGCCACCAUUGGACUCUGGAGCAGUGGAAGUGCGUUCUCUGGAGUGAUAUAUCACGCUUUACCAUCUGGCAGUCCGACGGACAAAUCUGAGUUUGGCGGAUGCCAGGAGAACGCUACCUGCCCCAAUGCAUAGUACCAACAGUAAAGUUUGGUGGAGGAGGAAUAAUGGUCUGGGGCUGUUUUUUAUGGUUUGGGCUAGGCUCCUUAGUUCCAGUGAAGGGAAAUCUUAAUGCUACAGCAUACAAUGACAUUCUAGACCAGGCCUGGGUAAUUCCAGUCCUCGGGGGCCUGAUUGGUGUCACACUUUUGCCCCAGCCCCAGCUAACACACCUGACUCCAAUAAUCAACUAAUCAUGAUCUUCAGUUAAAAAUGCAGUUAGUUUAAAUCAGCUGUGUUUGCUAGGGAUGGGGCAAAAGUGUGACACCAAUCAGGCCCCCGAGAACUGGAGUUGCCCAGGCCUGUUCUAGACGAUUAUGUGCUUGCAACUUUAUGGCAACCGUUUGGGGAAGGCCCUUUCCUAUUUCAGCAUGACAAUGCCUCUGUGCACAAAGCGAGGUCCAUACAGCAAUGGUUUGUCGAGAUCGGUGUGGAAGAACUUGACUGGCCUGCACAGAGCCCUGACCUCAACCCAAUCGAACACCUUUCGGAUGAAUUGGAACGCCGACUGCGAGCCAGGCCUAAUCGCACAACAUCAGUGCCCGACCUCACUAAUGCUCUUGUGGCUGAAUGGAAGCAAGUCCCCGCAGCGAUGUUCCAACAUUUAGUGAAUAGCCUUCCCAGGAGCGUGGAGGCUGUUAUAGCAGCAAAGGGUGGACCAACUCCAUAUUAAUGCCCAUGAUUUCUAAAUGAAAUGUUCGAUGAGCAGGUGUCCACAUACAUUUGAUCAUGUAGUGUACCUGAAUGUCAUGUUAAUUUAAAAGAUGGCUAGUCAUUAUUAGCCUGGUUCUAUAUGAAAUGCAGGUUCAUUAUGGGACGCAAGUCAGGUCAUUCUGCCACGCAGCCAUGAAAAAUUGGUGCGAUCAAAUCAUGUGCUGGUGCCAUCAACUGAAAAAGUGGAAAAAGUUUGUCUAGAGCCCUGAACUAAUCCACAGAGAGUCCAACUGAUCUGAAGUCAGAUUUACCAAUAUAUAAACUGUACGGUUGUGGUUCCACAGAGUCCAUUCAGUUCAACUGAUCUAAGAUCAGAGAUGUUUUCAAUAAGGGAUAUACUUUGUGAACGUUAGCUAACACAUUCCAUUUGUUUUGUGUUAGCCAUGAAGUUGCGAAAUGUCACUAUCGUUAGCAAAAAGCCUGAGAAGGUAGUGUGCAGCGAACAUGGGUGUCUUUUUCGGCUCUAAACUGCCACUGCUAUUACAUGUAGUAGGAAUAGCAAAGUAAUUUGCAGUUUGAUUAUUGCCUCUAAAAUGCCACAGUAAUCCUUAGAAAAUAUUUGAUCUUUGAUGUUUCACUGUAAGAUUUUGGAAUGUUCAUACCCUGAUGAAGACAGCUUGUCUGUCGAAACGUUGGUUAUUAAAUUAUUGCAUCUGAGCUCCUAGAGUGUGAGGCUCUCCUUUUUCUUUUUCAAGCAUUCAAAUUGUUUAACUGAAAUUGUUACUCAAAGGCUGCAUUUACACAGGCUGCCCAAUUAUCUUUUUUUCACUAAUUACAUAUUUUGACCAAUCAGAUCAGCUCUUUUGCCAAUAAAUGGUCAAAAUAUCUGAAUGGGCUGCCUGUGUAAAUGCAGCCUUAGUCAAACAUAGUCCUUAGAGUCAUACUGAUCUGAGUUCAGAUGUACAGAAACGGUAUGGUUGUGGUUCCACUAAUCCACAUAGGUUGCGUUUACACAGGCAGCCCAAUUCUGAUAUUUUGGCAUGACCGUGGCAAAAGAGCUCAUCUGAUUGGACAAAAGACCAAUUAGUGGAAAAAAUAUCAGCAUUGGGCUGUCUGUGUAAACGCAGCCAUAGAGUCCAACUGGUCUAAGAUCAGUUGUAUAGAAUGUGUUCUGGUUCUAACCAAUACACACCCUGUCUAACUCACAGAUCCCAGGCCACCAGUCGGUGUUCAUCAACGAGCCGCGACUGUCCGACUUCAAGCAGGUGCUGCUGAGGGAGGGCAUCCAGGCUGAGUUUGUGGGAGGAGUGCUGGUGUGUAACAACAUGGUGGCCGUCCGCAGGGUGAGUUGUCUGUCCGUCUGUCCUUCCCCCCAGCACAGUACAGCCACAGUCAUUCAUUCAGUUCAUUCAGCUCUCUUUGACAGCAUUAGCCAACACCAGCCCUGACCUGCUGUAUGAGAAAGGGGAAAUGGGCCCAAAGGGUGCAUGGGGUGGCAUGUUUUUCAACAAAAAGCUGGGAUACAAAAUGGCAUCCUAUUGCAGACCUAUUAUAUACAGUUGAAGUCGGAAGUUUACAUACACUUAGUUUGGAGUCAUUAAAACUCUUUUUUCAACCACUCCACAAAUGUCUUGUUAACAAACUAUAGUUUUGGCAAAUCGGUUAGGACAUCUACUUUGUGCAUGACACAAGUCAUUUUUCCAACAAUUGUUUACAGACAGAUUAUUUCACUUAUAAUUCACUGUAUCACAAUUCCAGUGGGUCGGAAGUUUACAUACGCUAAGUUGACUGCCUUUAAACAGCUUGGAAAAUCCCAGAAAAUAAUGUAAUGGCUUUAGAAGCUUCUGAUAGGCUAAUUUACAUCAUUUGAGUCAAUUGGAGGUGUACCUGUGGAUGUAUUUCAAGGCCUACCUUCAAACUCAGUGCCUCUUUGCUUGACAUCAUGGGAAAAUCAAAAGAAAUCAGCCAAGACCUCAGAAAAAGAAUUGUAGACCUCCACAAGUCUGGUUCAUCAUUGGGAGCAAUUUCCAAACGCCUGAAGGUACCACGUUCAUCUGUACAAACAAUAGUACGCAAGUAUAAACACCAUGGGACCACACAGCCGUCAUACAGCUCAGGAAGGAGACGCGUUCUGUCUCCUAGAGAUGAACGUACUUUGGUGCGAGAAGUGCAAAUCAAUCCCAGAACAACAGCAAAGGACCUUGUGAAGCUGCUGGAGGAAACGGGUGCAAAAGUAUCUAUAUCCACAGUAAAACGAGUCCUAUAUCGACAUAACCUGAAAGUCCGCUCAGCAAGGAAGAAGCCACUUCUCCAAAACCGCCAUAAAAAAGUCAGACUAUGGUUUGCAACUGCAGAUGGGGACAAAGAUCGUACUUUUUGGAGAAAUGUCCUCUGGUCUGAUUAAACAAAAAUAGAACUGUUUGACCAUAAUGACAUCGUUAUGUUUGGAGGAAAAAGGGGAACGCUUGCAAGCUGAAGAACACCAUCCCAACCGUGAAGCACGGGGGUGUCAGCAUCAUGCUGUGUUGCUUUGCUGCAGGAGGGACUGGUGAACUUCACAAAAUAGAUGGCAUCAUGAGGAAGGAAAAAUAUGUGGAUAUAUUGAAGCGACAUCAGUCAGGAAGUCAGUUUGACCCAAGUUAAACAAUUUAAAGGCAAUGCCACCAAAUACUAACUUCUGACCCACUGGGAAUGUGAUGAAAGAAAUAAAAGCUGAAAGAAAUCAUUCUCUCUACUAUUAUUCUGACAUUUCACAUUCUUAAAAUAAAGUGGUGAUCCUAACUGACCUAAGAUAGGGAAUUUGUACUAGGAUUAAAUGUCAGGAAUUGUCAAAAACUGAGUUUAAAUGUAUUUGGCUAAGGUGUAUGUCAACUUCUGACUUCAACUGUAUGUAUGUACCUAUUAUCUAACUUUAAUUUAAUUGAAAACCAAUUCUUAUUUAUUUACAAGAAUGCUCUGGGGAAGGAACGAUGACACAAAGGAUUAAACAAUCUAUUUUACUCUGUUGUAAGUAGUUUGUAGACUGAAGGGGCAAGACUUAGAACCUAUGUGCAAACAAACAAUUUCUGCUGCGUACAAAAGUCAGCACCACUCCAUCUCUAUUCCACAUCUAUUUGUGGAUGUAAAAGGAGAAAAAACAGUUGUUGGGAGCUUUCGGUGAUUAUGCGUGUGACCCCUCUAACCCUUGUCAAUAUCGCCAUCCCCCCUGUACAGACGGAGGCAGGGCGCAUCGGCCUGGAGGGUUGUCUGUGUGAUGACUACUAUAAGAUCCGUGAGCUGCUCUAUCAGCAGUAUGCUGUGGUAUAGGAGAGAGGAGCAGCCGCAGAGACGGCGUCGGCCAUUACAUGAUCACACAGAGACAUUCCGUUUGGAGGAGAGAGAGUGGAGAGGAGAGCAGACUAUACCCAGAGGACCACAGUGUUCUAGGUGUUCUCCACACACAGGCUACCUGAGCUCCCCUCGAGCGUCUCCAGCUGUUUUACUUCCAACCGCUGUGUUGAUUUUUCCUUUUUUUUACCCCCUUUGUCUGUUUACUGUUGUUAUUUUUAUUGUGCGUCUUUCCCCCUGCAGUGAGAGACAGAUGGGCUCUCCCGUAGUGACCUCUCCUCCAUGCGAACACAUGAUGUGCGAACGAACGGUAACCCUUAGGGUCUUUUUUACCUCUCCUCAAACACCCUCAGCUCUGCACUGGACUGGAGAAUGCUCACCACACAUACGCUGGAGAGUGCCAACAUCGCUUCACAUAGGCUGGAAUGGGUUAAUCUUUUUUUUUUUUUUUUUUUACGUCUCAAUAAA